UCAGAAUGAGUCAUCGCUUCUCAUCACCCUCCCCUCGUCGUCUUAUCUUAUCCCCGUGCUCUGCUCCCUUCUGCCAAACCUUAGCAGUGAGCAGGCCAGCAGAGCGCACCCAAAAGAACCCGCGCGCCAUGGCUUCCACCGCCCUCUCCUCCGCCUCCUUCUCCCUACUGACCGUCCCCACCGCCUCCUCCUCGCUCCCCAAUGCCACAGUCACAUUCGCCGCCCGCGGCCGAGGCAGCCGCUUCGCCGUCGCCUGCACGUCGACGGCCUCGCCCAAGGUGCUCGAGCUCGGGGACGCCAUCUCGGGGCUCACCCUCGAGGAGGCGCGGGGCCUCGUGGACCACCUGCAGGAGCGGCUCGGCGUCACCGCCGCCGCGUUCGCCCCCGCGGCCGUGGUCGCGGCGCCCGGCGCCGGCGCGGCGGGCGGCGAGGAGGCCGCGGCGCCCGUGGAGAAGACGGAGUUCGACGUGGUGAUCGAGGAGGUGCCCAGCAGCGCGCGCAUCGCGACCAUCAAGGUGGUGCGCGCGCUGACGGACCUGGCGCUCAAGGAGGCCAAGGACCUCAUCGAGGGCCUGCCCAAGAAGCUCAAGGAGGCCGUGAGCAAAGACGAGGCCGAGGACGCCAAGAAGCAGCUCGAGGAGGUCGGUGCCAAGGUGUCCAUCGCCUGAGCCGAUGCGCCGCAAGCACUAGCUUACACUAGGACUCUUUUUUUUUUCCUUCACAUUUUUUUUGUGCCUCGCCAAUUUCUCACACAGUUUUGUUCCCCUUGUUGCUGUAAGAGUCGCGCUGCCUCUACGGUAUUUCCGUUCUUGAAUGGAAAUGAGGUUUGACCUCGGUUCAAAAAAAAGGAGCUGUAUGGGUGGAUAUUUCACAAUGAGUUUGGCAAGUCA